CCCAUUAAGCUUUUGAAGUCGAGCCUUUAUUUAUAUGGCCUUCUCGUAUGCAUGAUUAAUGAUAUCCCCUCUUUCUCCCACGUAUAGUCUGCCGCACCUGAAUAUGUCAACUGGAACUCCCACUCCCUUCACACUCGAUACUCCUGGUCAUAGUAAGAAUGAUCAGCAGAAUCCUCAGGUAUUAUGCCACUGUGGUCUCCGAGUGAAAGUGAAGCUAGAAGUCGAUGACAGGGGUGAGCAUUUGAAUUGUGUUUUCCCCGCCGAGAAAGAACAAGUGGGCAUUUGUUCGAAUGAAUAUCUGCAACCCCUUGCUGUGGACGACCAAACUGAAGGUGAAGAUUUUGAGGACUCAACCUCCCAGUGGUCACAGUGCUCAGAGUCGGAGGAUGACAACACUGAAGAAGGAUUCAACAUCGACUGGCAUGGCCCUUAGUUCGGAUCAUUGCGUGUCUAAUGCUUCAAUAAAGUUGCGUUUGUUUU